CAGGAACUCCAGUUCUGAUAGUUUUUUAGCUGAUUCUUAGAAUUUUCUAUAUGCAAGAUUGUGUCAUCUUUGUAUAGAGAUAUCUCCAUCAGGAAAUAGUCACAAUGUCUACCUAAAGUAAUAAAUGAGGGAGUUCCCGUUGUGGCUCAGUGGAAACAAAUCUGACUAGAAUCCAUGAGGUUGAGGGUUCGAUCCCUGGCCUCACUCAGUGGGUUAAGGAUCUGGUGUUCCCAUGCAGGAUUGGCCACCAUCCUGUAUGAGAGUCAUCUAUGCUGCCUGCAGCCCACGCUGGACUACCUCGAGGCCCUGGGGCUCCUAUUCAGCCUGUUCAAGACCUCCAUGUACACGGGCACCAUCCCCAAGUGGCUCCGGGAGUUCUGCAGGUCCUGGGAUGGACUCUUCAAGUUCAGCCAAAUUCAUGUUGACAGCAGGCUGGGGGACAUACAGUGCCAGCCUGACCAGGGGCAGAGAGUUGGAGCUGGGCUGCUCACAUGCCUCUUCCUCAGCUAGGAGCUGAUGCGGGAGGAGAUCUACGCUAACUGGCCAGAUGUCCUGUUAAAGGGCAUUGAUACUACAUCCCUCACGUUGGCCUGGGCGGUGUAUCUCCUUGCAAGACACCGGGACGUGCAGCAGCCGGUGUACCAGGAGCUAGUGAAGAAUCUGGGGGAAAGGCAGGUCCCCACAGCCGCAGACGUCUCUAAAGUCCCUUUGAUCCAAGUUCUGCUUAAGGAGAACUUGAAGGAAAAGCUGUUUCCAUUGCUGCCAGGGAAUGGCCAGGUCACCCAGGAGGACCUGCUUGUUGGCGGGUAUCUGAUUCCCAGAAGCAUCCAGCUGGCCCUCUGCCACUAUGCCAUGUCCUACGAGGAUGAAACCUUCCCUCAGGCCAAGGAGUUCCGGUAGGAAACCUGUGACAGGGUGGGCAACUUUGGGUCCAUCCCCUUUGGCUCUGGGGCUCGAAGCUGCAUCCAGCGGAGGACUGCAGAACUGGAGAUCCACCUGGUCAUGAUCCAGUUGCUUCAGCAUUUUGAGAUCAAAACAUCUCCUCAGACUAAAACCAUUCAUGCAAAACCCCAGGGGCUUCUGAUGCCAGGGGAGCCCAUCCAUGUGCGUUUCAUCAGCAGGAAGUAGCCUGAAGUUUUCACCUGUCAGUGGACUGAUGCAGACCUGGUGGCAGCGGGCGAGGAAGAGGAUCCCUUCUGAGGCUUUCUUGCUCAUAAACCAGCCUCUCGGGCUCUGGCAGACAUUGAAAUCUUUUUUUUUUUUUCUUUUUCAAGACACUUCUGUGGGUGCCUGUAUGUAUGUAAGUAUUUAUUUAUUUAUUUAUUAUUUUUUUGCUGAGCAUGCAAAAUGUGAAAGUUUCUGGGCCAGGAAUAGAACCAGUGCUGCAGCAGUGACGUGAGCCAGCAGUGAUGACAGAUCCUUAACCCAUUGUGCCACCAGAGAACACCAUACUUUGAAAUCUUUUUUUUCAUUACUCAAUGAAUUUUAUUACAUUUAUAGUUGUACAACAAUCAUCACAACCCAAUUUUAUAGCAUUUCAUAUUGUGAAAUCUUGAUUCAGAGUAAUGUGAGAAGAUUUUCACUUUUGCCCACCUGAGUUGCCUUUCCUUUGAAGAAACAGCUGUUUGGAAGCCAGUGGCGUGGAAUUUUCAUGCCGCACAUGCUGUCUCACCCUUGGACUCAAUAUUCAGCUCCCUGCCAUCUCCUAUGCAUUUGCCACAGGAGGUGUGGUGUACUUAUAAAUCCAGGGCUUUAAUACACCUUCUGCAAUGUGACAUCCUGACUCCAUGUCAGGAUUUAGU